AUGGGGUCCGGCUUUGGCGUUGAGGGCCCGUGGUCAGUUGUGGAGGCGCUGGGUGUACUGGCGGCGAUCAUUACAAUCCACGAGUGCGGCCACUUCCUGGCGGCGCGGCUGCAGGGCAUCCACGUCACCGAAUUUUCGAUUGGGUUCGGGCCGGCUCUCUUCAAGCGCAAGUUUGAGGGCGGGUCCGUCGAGUACUGCCUGCGCGCGGUGCCCCUGGGCGGCUACGUGGCCUUCCCCGAUGACAACCCAGAGAGCGGCUUCAAGGCGGACGAUCCUGACCUGCUGAACAACCGCCCCCUUGGGCAGCGCGCGGUCGUCAUCAGCGCGGGCGUCAUCGCAAACAUCAUAUUCGCGUUCGCCGUGCUCUUCGCCCAGAUCAGCACAGUGGGCAAGGCCGAGAGCGCGUACCUGCCAGGGGUGCGCGUGCCGGACGUGACGCCGGGCGGCGUGGCGGAGCGCGCGGGGGUGCGCGCAGGGGACGUGCUGCUGCGGGUGGGCGACUACACUGUCCAGGCGGCGCCCGACCAGGUGGCCGCGGUGGUGACCGCCAUCAAGUCGCACCCCAACGAGCAGCUCGAACUGCUGGUGCAGCGCAGCGACCGCUCCCAGGUGUCCCUGCCCGUCGUGCCCAUCCCUGCGCGCGACGGCAAGGGCGCCAUUGGGAUCAGCCUCUACACCAACAGCUACAUUAAGCACACCAAGCCUGACAGCCUGCAGGGCAUCCUGGCCGUCACUACCUCCGAGUUCACGCGCAUCUCAGGCGUUGUGCUGGGCGGCCUCAAGUCAAUCUUCACAAACUUUGCCGGCGUCGCGGACCAGCUCAGCGGCCCUGUGGCCAUCGUGGCGAAGGGGUCCGAGAUCGCGCGCACAGACUCUGCAGGCCUAUUCCAGUUCUGCGCCAUCGUGAACAUCAACCUGGCCGCGGUCAACCUGCUCCCCCUGCCUGCCCUCGACGGCGGCUACCUCCUGCUGCUCGCGGUCGAGGCGGCCCGCGGCGGCAAGCGGCUGCCGCAGUCGCUGGAGCAGGGGGUCAUGGCCAGCGGCCUGCUGCUCAUGAUGUUCUUGGGGGUGGGGCUCGUCAUCCGCGACACGAUGAACCUGCUGUGA